AUGUGUCAACAAUCUAAGCUGUGGCUAGAAGCGAAUUCCUGUGUCUUCUACGGUUGCUUCCUAUUUUAUAUCUUUGUUUGUGACCCCCACAUUUGUCUUCUCUGGCCGCACCAGGCCGACGGAGACUCCUGGCUCUUUCGCGUACACGCGCAGGCCGACGAUGCAGACGGCAUUCCACGGCGAGUCGUCGUCGUCGGCGUGGCCGUCCUCGUCACUUUGCUUGUCGCUCUUGUCGCUCUUGUCGUUCUUGUCGUCACCCUUGUCGUCGUCCUCUACAAACGGCCAUCCUUUCUUGCCCAUGGUCUUGCGCAGGUCGAUGGCAGCGGCCUCGCCGUCGCUGUCGUCCAGCAGAUCGUCGCUGUCGUCGGCGUCGAGUUCGCUGUCGGAAAAGCUGGGCUCGGGAAAGGCCACUGGCUCGGGGCCGGGGUCGACGUCGGGGAGAGCCUGGCCGUCCUUGUUCUUGUCUUGGUCUUCCUUGUCGUCCUUUUCCGUCUCCUUCACGGCCACGUCGUGCAUCUGUUUCUCGCGCCGCAGUCGAAACUCUUCUCGCGCCGCCACCCACGCCACGCGCGCCGCGCGCAGCCGCGUCAGCUCGGCCUUGUGCCACGCUUUGCGCGCCCGCACCCUCGCCACUUUGCGCGCGCGUCGGUCUUCCAGCCGCUGGUCUUCGUCGACGACAUCGCCUCCCUUGGCGUGCGCCGCAUCGUACUGCUGUCCGACCUGCCGCAGCUUGGCCGGGUUUGUCUCGGCCGUCAUGCACACGACGGCCGCCUCUGCCAGCCUGCGCCGGUCCCGUCGGGCCGUGAUGUGCGGGCGCACCGUGUACCGCCCAGCGGCGGGCAGGACGACCUCGCAGCUGACGGACCGCGUCUCCUGGGCGUUGGGCGCGUGCGCGCUGGACAGGACCGUGCCGUUGGCCGACUGCAGGACAAAGUGCAGCGUGAACGCGUACUGCCCGCGCAGGCCGCGGUAGUAGCGGUCGUCGAACUGGGACAGGACGACCACCACGAGCCCGGCCGUCUCGACGUCGACAGCAAAGUGCGUGUCCGCGUAGCCGGCGACCCAGCCGACACGCAACGACGUCCACAGCGGCGGCGCCGCCGUCCACGCGUCGUCCAGCAGGCGCGUGCGGUGCAGGUAGCCAAACGUCGCCAGCACGUCCUCAAAGGCCAUCCAGAACACGCCGUCGUCACCAAACGUGUGGCCCAGUGUCUUGAGCCAGUACGGCGUCCACUCCUUGGCGCCGUCCGCCCAGGGCCCGUGCCAGGCACCCAUGUGCGUGGCUUCGUUGCGGUGGCCCCAGGGGUUGCGGAUCUGGACGAGGCGGACCGUCGCGGCGCCGUCCUCCAAGGGGGCCUCGACCGCCCGCAGCACCGAGUAGCAGUGGUUGACGGCAAGGCCGUUGUGGUUGGCCCGGACGCAUCCACAGCCCAUGACCGACAGGCCAAACACAAAGUCGCUGUUGCGCCCGCCGCCGUCGUCGCCCAUCUCGCCUGCCUCGCCCGCCAGCUCCCGCCACAGCCGGUCCUUGUCCAGCACGCGGCUCGCUGGUAUUGUCGUGCUGACGCCGCCCGUCAGGUCCUCCAUGCCCUCGCUGCACCAGCCGCCCGCCAGCGCGCCGUAGUCGCCGUGCGCUUUGGCAAACGCCUUCUCCAGCAGCGGCAGCCACGUCUCGUUGGCGUCGGCGCAUCGCGCAAACGACAGCGCCUCCGACCCGCGCUGGAACCGCUGCCGGUGGUCGCGCGCGCGCUGGCCCGACGCGUCGUACGUCUCGGCGCGGAAGUUCGCGUGGUGCACGUACAGCUGGUCGUCGACCACCACCGGCGUCCACGCGCCGUCGCGCACAAACACAAAGCCGUAGACGCCGCACCGCUCGUCGCGGGCCACGCACACGCGGCGCAUCAGGUCCGUGCGGUGCGCCAUCGUUGCCACGGCGGCAAUCCACCAGCAGUCGCCCACGCGGCCCUGCUGCACGUCGGACGACGAGAAGCCGCUGUCCUCGCUGCGCUCGCUGGUGUCCUCACUCCGUUCGCGUCCGUUCUUGACAAACACUGGCUUCUCAAAGAUCCAGUCCACGCGAUGCACCGCCGGCGGUGUGUGCAGUGGAUGCAGCGCAUUCUCUUCCCCGCCGUCCGCCGCGCGCCGCCGCACCAGGCCGCGCAGACAGUUCUGGUUGGGGUCGUCCUCCAAGUUGAACUCGGGGAGGUCGUCGGCGUUGGCGAAGGCUCUGUGGGCGUCGACGGAGCCGACACAGCCGCCCAUGAUGAGACCGACGAGGUCGAGGAAGUCGAUGAGGAGGACGAGGCUGCCGGCGUGCUCACACCUGCAACACCCGCCACCGUCGCGGCAGUCCAUCCCACGACAUCCUGGGCAGGCUGCAGGCCCCACUGCUCGUACAGUCGCCGCGGGAAUAUCGACGUGAUCCUGCCCGGCUUCCGUGCGUGGAAGGCCGACCAGAAAUCAGAAAUGCCCUUUUGCGGCGACUCGUGCCGGUUCGUCUUGCUGCGGAUCGCCGUCGUCGUGAACUUGGUGGCGAUGAGUGCCGACGUGGACGAGGGUGUGUUGGUGGGUGUGUCGGAGCGCGUGGCCCCGACGGUGUAA